AUGGCUAAGGGAUCGGCCUCGAGGCUGAGAAGCCAACGGGCAUGUGAAAGCUGUUACCGGAAGAAGACCAAGUGCGAAGUCGAAGGGGCCGGUCCGGUCUGUGUCCAAUGUGCUCGUCGCGGAAUUAGAUGCACCUUCUCCGGACCCGACAAUGCCGAUGUUCAGAGCGAUGAAUAUGUAAAGGCCUUGAAGGAUCGUCUGGAGAGAGUAGAGUAUCUGCUCAGGACUGCGGGUAUUCUGCAUGAGGACGAUAUGGCCCAGGAGGGCCUCUCAGAUGAUGAGACCGAAAUUAUAGAUGAGAAGUGGGAUGCUCGCCACCAACGACCAGAUGCAUCUGCCAUUUCAUCAAACCGCUCGUCCAUGACCCAGGAUACUGAAAAUUAUGCCGGCGGUGGCGAUCUUGACUCGACUUCCAUGUUCAAGCAGCAUGAGCAAGAUGACUCGCGAUAUUUUGGGGGAACAGGACGAUCAUGCUCAUUGUCAAUUCUUUCACGAGAUGGAAUUGAGUGGAUUAAGAAAAAGACUGGCGAUGUCAGCUUCUUAAAUAUAAUAUCUACGGAUUCCACCCACGACAAUCCUUGGAAUCAGUGGCGGCCGGAUGUCUUUCACGACCUGUUUGCCUCUCAAGUAUACAAGCCUCUUCCGCCUCGAUCAGAGGUGUUCUCUCUCAUGAAAGACUUUUUCCGAACAGCGAACAGGCUGUUUCCGAUCUACCACGAGGCCUCCUUUAUGAAGAUGGUCGAGUGGCAGUAUACACAGCAGACCUGUGAUGAUGCCGCGCGAUGGGCCAGCAUCAACAUGGUCAUCUGUCUUGCUUACGAAUACCGAAUUUCAAACGGCCCGAAGCCAGAAAAAGACCGGGAAAAGGCCCGUUUCUAUUUCAAAAAUGCAAUGUCGGUUUUCACGGAUCUGGCUUUGCGUCGCACCGAUCUUCUCAGCGUCCAGGCCUUGCUGAACAUGGCCUUCUUUCUUCGUGGAAACUCUGGCACUCAGUAUUCACUGCCUCUCAUCACCGCCGCUAUGCGAUCGUGCCAACGGAUGGGCCUCCACCGUAACAUUGCUAGACCGGAUUUGAGCUCUGCACAGCGAGAGCAGAGGCGACGUGUAUUCUGGGUCGCCUUUACGAUUGACCAGAGUACCUGCUUAAGAGUUGGGAACGCCCCGUCCCAGCAUCCCGAUGACUUCGACGUCCCUCUCCCCGAAGAAAUAGAAGACGACAGAAUAUCCGGAUCACCAAGCAAUAUUGAAUUUUUCCGACAACUUUGUCGCAUGUCAGUGAUCAAAAGCCGUAUCUUCUGCGGUCUUUACUCGGCCAAGGCAAUGCUCAAACCAACCCGUGAGAUAUACCAGACGGUCAAGGAACUGCAUGCAGAGCUUGAGGACUGGAAAAAGGAUUACCCUAUGAACGACGAUUUUAAAAUUCAAGUUGGUGGAAGCGAUUUCCUGUUUGGAUUUGCUUCUAUUGGUCUCCAUUUUACCUACUAUAAUGCCCUCAUCAUGAUCCACCGCAUACCCCUCCUGUUACACUAUCUAAAAGGCCAACGUGAGGAGACCCCUCCAGAACUCAAGUUGCUCAGCAUCGCCCACGCCUCAAAAUCAGGAGUUAUCUGCGUACAAGCUGCGCGGGAUACGCUGAAAAUGAUUAAUAAUAUGCCGUGGGGAGACAUUGCAUGGAUCUGGAGCCUUUUAUACUACGUCUUCCUAGCAGCGGCAACGAUCUUCUCAAGCAUCAUUCGUGAUACUCGUGGCCCGCAUGCUCGAGAUGAUCUCGCAACUCUCAGCAUGGCUGCGACCUUCUUCGCAACGCUCGUCCCUGGUGACGGGCCAAUCAACUACGCGGGCUUCAUGACUCGCAUGAGCGCCAAUUUGGAGCGCAUUGCCAGAUCAGCAGUUGAUAAAGAUGAGAAACGGGUGCGAGAAUCGGGUGAAACAGAUCACGAGCACCAGCCAUCCGGCACGAAACGGCAAAGUUCUCGAACCACCUCGGGAUCACAUUCAAAGCACCGCCAUCGACCUUCAACUUUGCGAACAACGAUGACCCCUGACGCCGUAGGCUCUCAAGGACCAAGCAUGACUACAGCACCUCCACCUCCACAAUCUUAUUCAUCCAUGUCCCGCCCCCAAAUGCCGGACCUCAGCAUUCCGGAAGCCUUAGAAGGGCUUCCACCCGUCAACUCCUCCGGCUACGUCGUCCCUCUCAGCCCAAACGUCACAACCAACUUUCCAACAAUGCCCCAACAACCUCCAACCACAAAUUACGUCACGGGUCUAGGGUUAGACCUCAAUGGUGCAAACGCCAGCGACAUGGGCCUUCCAUCCUGGCAACUCGCACAAGAUCACAGCCAGUCCCACACCGCAAACUCAUCUCCCAUGGACAACAUCCACUCCCCCUUCUCCCAAAGCAGCACGAGCACACCAGGCAACAUGAUCCCAGAAUCAUGGCAAGUGCCACUGACCGCAGACUGGGAGUUCGGUGACAAUAUCUGGGCAGGUCUCUUCCCCACCGAAAGCAUCGCCGCAUCCGCUCAAGCCACGGAUAUGCACUUCCCCGUACUCUCCGCCGAGUCCUUCCUCGAUAUGCCGGGUACGGAACAAGAUGCUAAUAUGGGGUAUAAUGCUGCUACUGGAGGCGUGGAGAAUCCGUAUAACUUUACAGCUGGAUUCGACGCACAAGAUCCCAAUCAGGAUCCGUAUCAAGGUCAGUCGCAAGCGGAGUCGACAUGGCCGAAUGGGUUUUUAGGACUUUUCUAG